AUGCGUGCCCCUGUCUCGCGGCUGUCGCUGGAUCGCCGUCUCGCAGAAGCCCCGGAAGUUAAGGAGCUCAUCUGUCAACACCUUGCUGACCUUCAGGAGGCCCUCGAUGAUCUCAUGCAUAUUGUGAAUGGAGAGGUCCCCAACCGCGACAUGACGGGCGAGGAGGACGGCCAAGCGCCUUCGGAUGAAGCCAGCAUGCUCCUCGAAAUCAUCACCGAGUCCGUGAAGUCGCUCUUCCGCAUCGGUGUCCUCGUCAGAAAGACUGGCACAGACGACAGAUUUAGACGAGCCAUACGGUCAUCCAACGCCGUUUUCCCGGCCAAUUUUGACAUUAACCAUGCCAUGGAGAAGUAUUCAAAGCUCCGGCUCCGCAGCGCUGGCCUGCUAGCAACCCGGGUUGGCUCUGCCAUCUCCAAGCGGAGACAGUUCAUCAAAUAUUGCCGAGACCACCGACUUCGACUGGGGUACGACGAAGCGGCGGUAAUCGGGGACGACGAAGCCGCGGUAAUCCCGGAACCGGAGAAGGUAGAGCGAGCGCGGACCGAACUCCUGUCUAGCAAAGCGAGCACCUUCCAUCCGGAAAGGAUACCCCAGGGUGCCCUGAUGUCGGAGGCAUUCGAAGAAGAAAAAGAAGAAGAAGACGACGAUGACGCCAUCUCGUUGAUGACGGCUUCCACUGUCAGCGACCCCACGCAGCGACUCGAGUUGCCGAAACUGUCCGACCUAUCUGCCGACGGGGAGCAGUUUGAGUGUCCGAUAUGCUUCACUUUGCAGUCCUUCUCACAGGAGCGGGCAUGGCGGAAACACGCGUUCCGCGACCUCAAAGCAUACGUGUGCACCGUCGGCGGAAAGGAGUGCGACUCGGAGCUGUUUGGCGACCGCAACGCAUGGUUCGAACACGAGCUGCGGCAGCACCGGGCCCAAUAUGCGUGCAAUCUGUGCAGCAAUCAACAGCUCUGCAGCAGCGAGCAAGAACUUACGAGCCACGCCGG